CUAUGUUCUAGAGCGAAAAAACAAAAAUAUUUGUAAUCAGCUGUUUUCGACUGCCGCACGAGCCUGUCAACUUGCAACAGGUCAGUCCGGCAAGGGUUGUGCACGUUUACAUGUCUCUUAGAGAAGAGAGAUUGAGAGCUUUGCAAUGGCAACUAGCGGUGUCCUUAGAGUUAGGAGCAUUUUCAGGCCGAAUCUUUUCAGAGGAAAAGUGGCUAUCGUCACCGGCGGAGCAACGGGAAUCGGAAAAGCUGUUGCAGAGGAGCUUCUUUACUUAGGAUGUUCAGUGAUGAUUGCGUCGAGGAACGAAGAUAACCUGAAGAACGCAGUCACCGAUUUUCAAGGAAGGAUACUACCGGAGAAAGAAAAAGAUCGUGCAACGUUUGUGCCCUGCAAUAUCCGAAAGGAGGACCAAGUGAAAGCGCUUUUUCGGCACACGCUGGAUAAACAUGGCCGCCUUGACUUUCUUGUCAACAACGGUGGAGGCCAGUUCUUGUCGACAGCAGACAGUAUUUCACUCAAGGGCUGGAAUGCAGUAGUCGAGACUAACCUAACUGGAACAUUUCUCAUGUGCAGGGAGGCUUACCAGCAUUGGAUGGAGGAGCACGGUGGAGCCAUUGUGAACAUAGUAAUGGAAAACUCUCGCGGAUUUCCGUUGGCAGCGCACUCGGGAGCAGCCAGAGCUGGUGUGGAGAACCUAACCCGUUCAUUGUCAAUUGAAUGGGCUGCAAGUGGAGUCAGAGUGAAUGCAGUUAUGCCGGGUACUAUUUAUUCAGAGUCUGCCGCCAAGAAUUACCAGGGUGACUUGUUCAAACUAAUAAGGCCGAGACUUCCUGCCAAACGACCUGGUACCCCUCAAGAGGUAUCGUCAGCAGUUUGCUUUCUGCUGUCACCAGGAGCAACCUACGUGUCUGGAGCUACACUAAAUGUGGAUGCAGCUGGCCAGUUUUAUCCGGCUGUCACACUAGAAAUACCAGAGCAUGACCGAUGGCCCAGGCACGACAGCUGUUCUGGGGAUGAGACAAAAGUGCCACCAGAGCAGUAGCAAUCGUUCCAGCCACAGGAAUAGUGGCUCGUCACCCUCGAUCCACAAUAAGGGUCAGAAAUGCAUGGUUGUGGUGGACUAGAGUUUGAGGUGCUUCUUGAUGCAAUCAACGAUAUCCGCCUUCUUAGAUGGGCAGCGGAUGCUUUCUUGCUUGCAGAAGUCCCUCAGGACACUGACUGUGAGGCUGGCCAACUGCGAAAUGAGUGCACUGACAUAAACAGCUGACCCUGGAUAUACAGAACAAGACCGCGAAAUAGUUAUCUGAAGCUCAACUGAUAACUCCGCAUGCCUUGGACAGUUUUCAGAGAUCGUGAAAAGCGGGAACUUACAGAUUUCUUCCUCCACAGCAUUCAACACACACCUACUACAGUGCUAUACUUUUGCAUAGGAUAUUACGACUGUUCAAUAUGUUAAUAGUUCUUAGCACAAAGAAAUGCACGACAUGAGAGAAGGCUCACAGCACUACGUCUCGUGUGCCUUCUCUCGUGUCGUGUGUUUCUUGGCGCUAAAAACUUCACAUGCAAUAUCAACUAGCUCAUCAGUCUGUUUUGCUGUUCAAUAUAUCUCGAAUAGACUGUAUAUAAAGGCACGAGGCUGCACCAACUACGGUGUGAAUUGCAGUGACUGUGUGAGUGCUACAGUAGGUGAACUAAUGGGAUCUUAGCAAUAGGAAUAGGCGUUCUCUUUUGAAGUACAUAGUUAGUGAAAAACUAUUGCAUAAUACAACCCAGGACAAGAUGUAAGGAUGUGUCGUCAUUUUUGUCAGCAGUUAUACACUUACACUAAGAUGAUGUGGCUAUGUUUUGGUAAGAGUAGCAGCAAGAGAAUAACGACUGCAUCACCACUGAUGCAUGACUAGGUAAGCUACCUGAAUCUUGAAUGGCUUGGGGAGAGGUGUUCAUCACACCUUCCCUUAUCUGGAAGGUUGCUAUCCUUUUCGCUAUUGAUACAUGUCAAUUUUGCACAGGUGCCUUAUCGCUCAUUAAACAUUAAACUUUUUUUGUGCACACCAAGCUAGAACAGGCAGAGCUUACUUGGCUGUAUGUACAGCCAACGUCUGAUUUUUGGGACUUCCUAGAGGCUGCGAAAACGUCCAAAAAAAUGAAUGCAUGCCUUUUACUGCUUAGGCCUAGGUGGCUAUGGCUGCCAGCGUAUCUGUGUGCGAGAGUGCCGGUUCUAGGUGAGGAGAUAAUAAAAAUGACAGUGGUGGCAGCUUCGAAUAAUGCCGCUUUGGAUCUGCGGUCAUGGCAAAAAGUCCGGAAAAUCGGUUGGCAAAGAUUUUUUUUUUUUUUUUUGCAUCUGAAUUAUCGUGCAUUCACUGUAUAUAACCCAUAAACCUCACUGCCAAUUAUGUACAAAAGAUUACAAUAAAGAAUGUGCUAUUUUCUGUG